UAAAAAGUGCUCUUCUGUAUUAUUUUAUUUAAAAAUAUAUAAAACAGUUAUUUUACUGUGCAAAUGCACUAAAACACUGAACUCGUCUUAGAUGCACUCAGUUCUUUAUUAAUUUACCUGCUAUCACUUUCAAAAUCACUUAAAACUUCUUUGCAACAUGGACCUAUACACCAAACUGACUAGUUGUAUGGAAGAAUUGUCAAACACCUUCACUUCAAGAAUGGCCGCUUAUGAGGAAGAAUUGAAGAACGCUGGCACCACUGAAGCCUCUCACAAGUCCAUUGCCAGCCUGUCCCGUGAUUACACCGAGUUUAAGUGUCUCGUCUGGAAGACGAUGAGUGCCCUUAAAAUGCAGGUUGAGUUGCUGACACUGGGCUUCGAUCGACAUGAGAUGGCUUCUCGAAGGCAGGUUCUUCUUCUGCAUGGUCUGCCGGAGCAGAAGGACGAAGAUACAAUGUCCCGGGCCGUCUCAGUUCUGACAGAUAAAAUGAAGCUGGGCAAUGUUUCUUCAUUGGAUAUUGCUUCGUGUCAUCGUUUGGGAGCAGAUGGUGGCAAGACAAGGCCUCUGUUGAUCCGGUUCCAGAGCUACAGCCUGCGCAGCGAUGUAUGGCGGAGCAAGACUGUACUGAAGGGCUCCGGGCUGGUUCUCUCCGAGUUCUUGACCAAGCCUAGACAUGACACAUUUGUUGCCGCUCGAAAACAUUUUGGCGUUAAGGAGUGCUGGACAUCGGAGGGCAAGAUUGUCAUACUGCUUCCAAAUAAAUCACGGCGGAAGAUUGAAUGCUUGGCGGAGCUGCAGCAAUUGGUGGUGCAAUUUCCGAUGUCUGCUACCGUGGCUAGUGAACCAGGUCCGAGCGCUCGGUCACCAACCAACAAAACUCCGUCGGGGAAGAGACCGAAGCGGCCAGCAAAAUAGUUUGUAAUGUGUUUUCUUUUUUUUUUUAUUUAUUUCUAUGUCGGUCACAGUUAAUUAUUCUGUUAUUGUCCUAUUACUUUGACUUUGACAUA